AGCCCAUUAAAGCCCAUGUACAGCGACUCGGUCUCAAAUCGCAAGGUCCAAAACCCUAAAACCUUCGCCCUUCCACCUCCCCUCUCUCCUUCCGUUCCUCCUCCCGGCAAUGGCGUCGCGCCUCCGCUCCUUCUCCCGUCCCGUCGCAGCCGCCUUCCUCCGCUCAGCUUCCGCCCGGAGCCCCGCGGCCUCUCUCCCCCGCGCUCUCUCUCCAACCCCCAGGGCUUCUUCCCUGGGGCGGCAGGUGGCGCUGGCACGAUCACUGCAGCCGCUGCACAGCGCAAUCUCGGCGGCGAGGCUAACGUCACGGCUUGGGGCAGAGGUGGCCCGGGCAGUGUCGCAGGGUGCAAAAUGCUCUGUUUGGAUGAACUCUGUUGGCCAACCGAGUUUCAGAAUACAUCGGUCAAUGAAGAAAAAAAUUGUACUCCUAUAGCAUAACUAUCAGUCUGUUGUUUAAAAUGAAUUCGGUAUUUCCACAUCAUGGAGCAUUUAUAUUUUCUUUUACCUUAUCAUGAUUGUUUUAUUACCCAAGAAACUCCAGACUUCCAAACUCAAUACUGUGAUUUUGUUGUUGUUCAGACGUGAGACAUACGUUUGGUAACUUGAUUUUACAUUAGGGGAUUAUCAAAUUUCUUGCUGUCAUUUUUACGUCUUUCGUGUUUUGGUUGUGGCACCUCUCCCGGUGUGCUCAGGGAUUUAUAUAAAUGCUGUUGCAGCACGACAACUGAAA